UGCUGAGAGGAUAUAAGAGUAUUGAAGAUAUGUUGAAGGCUAAUGAUGUAUGGGGAAACCACUGUAGCUUCUUAAAUAUAUCAGUUCCAUCUUUCACUCAUUCAGAAAAUAUUUGUCCCCUCAAGUAUAUAGAACAAGCAAAGAAACAGAUUAGAAGGAAGAAAAACUCAGCAGCUAUUUAUGUCUCUGGUAAAAUAUUGAAUAUGUUAAAGUGUGUCUUGGGCCGUGAGGCAGGAACCAAGUUCAUCUAUUCUACUCUUAAGAACACCAGCAUUGGGCUUUCUAAUUUGAUUGGUCCAACACAGAAGAUCUCACUUUCAGACCAUCCCAUUAAUGGCAUGUACUUCAGUGUGGUUGGUGCUCCACAGGUAGAUUAUCAACUCAACGUGAAUGUAAUCUUUAUUCUUUCAUCAUUAUUAAUAAAGUAUUCUAGUUGACUCUUACCAAAAAAUUCUUGCGAGUGUUGCAGAGUGUAUUUUUCACCAUUGUGAGUUACGUGGGCGAUGUAAGGCUAGUGAUGAGAACGGAAAAGGGAUUUAUUGAUGCGGAUUUGCUCAUUUCUUGCAUGAAGGAUGCCUAUGAAAAUAUUGUUGAAGCAGUUUGUGGAAAAGAAACUAUUGGAUAAUCAUCAAUGGCUCAAAUCUUAUGGAUCUAAUCUGAGUGCAACAUGGAUUUGUGAGAGUGAGAGAGUGCAUGUUAAAUGUUCUCAUUCAUUAGAUGUCCGUACCUAGUCUCUCUAAUAGCUAUUUGAUGAGCAAUUCAUGUAUGGAUUAAUCAUCUUACAAGGUUAUUAGUAUAUUAACAAUGUAAUGAGGUUAGAAUUCAGAAGUAGAGUGAAGGAGAGUCAAUUCUACCAACAAAAAAAAAAAAAAAAAAGUGAAGGAGAGUUGACAGAAGCAGCUCAAAUAUCAACUAAAAAUUGUUUUGUGGUAGAAAAAUAUCAAUUAGUGUUAGCCAUAUGCAAUUUAUACUUUGUUGAAAUCUAAGCCCAAAUAUGAACUCA